AUGAAUAGUGGUAAGAUCAUUGAGUUGGACGAAGGAUGGUCGUUCAUGAUGACUGGUGUUUCCAAGAUAGCAAGGAUUCUAGAAGGAAAGGAUGAAUCUUUCGAGUCUGAACAAUACAUAAAUCUUUACACCACAAUCUACGAUAUGUGCAUCCAGAAACCUCCUAAGGAUUACUCGCAGCAGCUUUAUGAUAAGUAUCGUGAAGUAAUUGAAGACUACGCUAAGGAAACGGUGUUGCCCUCUUUAAGGGAGAAGCAUGAUGAGUAUAUGCUGAAAGAGCUUUCUCUGAGGUGGGAUAACCAUAAAGUUAUGGUUAGAUGGUUAUCACGCUUCUUCUACUAUAUUGAUCGUUACUUCAUUGCACGGAGAUCCCUUCCAACACUGAAUGAAGUUGGGCUGAUAUGCUUCCGCGACCUGGUUUAUGGGGGGAUGAAAUCCAAGGCCAAAGAUGCUAUACUAGCACUCAUUCAUAAAGAACGUGAGGGCGGACAGAUUGAUAGAGCACAGUUGAAAAACGUAUUAGAUAUCUUUGUUGCGAAUGGGAUGGGAACAAUGGAAAAAUAUGAAGAGGAUUUCGAAAGCUUUAUGCUUGAAGAUACCGCAUCUUACUAUUCUCGCAAGGCGUCAAGCUGGAUCCAGGAGGAUUCUUGCCCAGAGUACAUGCUAAAGGCAGAGGAGUGUCUACAAAAGGAGAAGGAGAGAGUCGCUCACUACCUUCAUUCAAGCACUGAGACCAAACUAGUUGAGAAAGUACAAAAUGAGUUGUUGGUAGUGGUUGCAAAACAGCUUAUAGAAAAUGAGCACUCAGGGUGUCGUGCAUUGCUAAGAGAUGACAAGACGGAUGAUCUCUCCAGGAUGUACAGGCUUUAUAAUAAGAUUCCGCAACAGUUGGACCCUGUUACAGAGUUAUUCAAGAAGCAUGUUACUGCAGAGGGCAAUUUCCUUAUCAAACAAGCUGAAGACGCAGCUGCUAAUCAGGCAGCAAGUACGGGUGGAGUGCAGGAGCAGGUGCUUAUCAGAAAAGUAAUUGAGCUACACGAUAAAUACAUGGUCUAUGUCACUGAGUGUUUUCAGAACAACAGCCUCUUCCAUAAGGCAUUGAAAGAGGCAUUUGAAAUCUUCUGUAACAAAAAAGUGGCUGGAAGUUCCAGUGCAGAAUUACUUGCAACGUUUUGCGAUAAUAUCCUCAAGAAGGGAGGAAGUGACAAGCUGAGUUAUGAAGCUAUCGAGUCUACGAUUGAGAAUGUGGUUAAGUUGCUUGUUUAUAUAAGUGACAAGGAUCUUUUCGCCGAGUUUUACAGGAAGAAGCAAGCCCGUAGACUCUUAUUUGAUCGCAUUGAUAAUGAUGACCAUGAAAGAAGUAUACUUACAAAGCUCAAAGAACAAUUCGGUGGACAGUUUACUUCUAAGAUGGAGGGCAUGGUAACGGAUAUGACAUUGGCAAAAGAAAACCAAGCGAACUUCCAGGAGUAUCUAGCCACUAACAUGACCACAAACCUGGGAAUUGAUUUGACCGUCACUGUUCUUACCACUGGUUUUUGGCCUAGUUACAAAACAUCUGACCUCAAUCUACCCACUGAAAUGGUCAAAUGUGUUGAAGUUUUCAAGGCAUUUUAUGAAACGAAAACCAAACAUAGGAGACUUGUAUGGAUUUAUUCUCUGGGAACUUGUCACAUUAUGGGAAAAUUCGAUCAAAAACCAAUCGAAUUACUCGUCUCUACCUACCAGGCUGCUGUGCUUUUGCUUUUCAACAACACGCAAAGAUUAAGCUACAAUGAGAUGUUGGAACAGCUUAACCUUAGCCAUGAAGAUCUUGUGAGGCUGCUUCACUCACUGUCAUGCGCAAAGUACAAGAUUCUUAACAAGGAACCAAUGUCAAAAAGCAUCUCACGAACGGAUGUUUUCGAGUUCAACUCCAAGUUCACCGAUAGAAUGCGGAGAAUUAGAGUCCCUCUCCCUCCAAUGGAUGAGAGGAAGAAAGUAGUCGAGGAUGUUGACAAAGACAGACGUUAUGCGAUUGAUGCAGCGGUUGUUCGGAUCAUGAAGAGCAGAAAAGUGUUGGGCCAUCAACAGUUAGUCUCUGAGUGUGUUGAGCAUCUAAGCCGAAUGUUCAAGCCUGAUAUAAAGAUGAUCAAGAAACGCAUUGAAGAUUUGAUCAGCAGAGACUAUUUGGAGAGGGACAGCGAAAAUCCAAACAUGUUCAAGUACUUGGCUUAG